GUGAGGGAAGGCGGGCGAUGGCGGCGGGUGCCGCUGUGCGGCUGCUGCCGCUCCCGCGCCCCCUCCUCGCUCGGGCUGCCGGAGCGAGGGCAGCGCCGGGUUGGGGGGCGGUGGGGACGGUCGGCGGUCGCCGUGUGGGGCGCUGGGUGGCCGUGGCCUUGGUGGUGCCCGCCGCCCCCGCGUGGGACGCGCGCCCGUGCGGGGCAGUGCGGGCAGUGGGGCCGCAGCGGGCGGCGCGGGGGCCGCUGUGGCGGCUGGGCCUGGCGGCGCGGCUGGGGCUGCGGGCCUGCGGGCUGCUGCUGCGUUUCGGGCCGCUGCUGCUGCUCUACCCGCUGAGCCGCCUGGCGCCGCGGCUGGGCGAGCUCUGGCUGCGGCUGCUGCGCGGGGCGGCGGAGGCCGCCGGGCCCGCCUGCAUCAAGCUGGGCCAGUGGGCCAGCACCCGCAGGGACCUCUUCUCCCAGGCCUUCUGCGAUGAGUUCUCCAAGCUGCAUGUCGCCGUGAGCCCCCACCCGUGGGGACACACCGACGAGGUCCUGAGGAAGGCCUUCGGCGAGGGCUGGAUGGACGUUCUCACCUUCCAAAGCCGUGAGCCCGUUGGCUCGGGCUGUGUGGCCCAGGUGUAUAAAGGCUAUGCCAACCUGGCAGCUGUCACUGGCUCCCGCGCCAAGGAGCUGGCACAACGCUCGGAGUUGCGGUUGGCUUUUGAGGCAUGGGAAGUGUCAGGCUUUAGAGGCCUACUCAGGUGGCUGCAAAGGAAGAGCAAAGAGAUGUGGGACAAGAGGAGCAGGGAGAAGGUGGGCUCAGCAGACCACUUGGUGGAGCAGGUGGCCAAACCACUCCUGAAUGCAAAUCCUUUGCCAGCCAGACAUCUUGUACCUGUAGCUAUUAAAGUCCUGCAUCCUGGGCUGGUCAACCAAGUCCAGAUGGAUCUGUUUCUCAUGAAGAUGGGUAGUCGCAUCCUUGGCCUUCUCCCGGGAUUCAAGUGGCUCAGUUUGACAGAGAUUGUGGAGGAGUUUGAGAAGCUUAUGAUUCAGCAGAUUGACUUACGCUAUGAAGCCAGAAAUCUGGAGCGUUUUGGACAGAAUUUCCUAGGUGUCGAUUUUGUGAAGUUUCCAACUCCCCUUUGGCCUUUGGUAACGACAGAUGUUCUAGUGGAAACAUUUGAGGAGAGUGAGCCUAUUUCACACUACCUGCAUGCGGAGGUUGCCACAGAGCUAAGGCAGAGACUUGCCAAGAUGGGCAUGGACAUGCUGCUAAAGAUGGUCUUUGUUGACAACUUUGUCCAUGGUGACCUGCACCCUGGGAACAUCCUGGUUCAAGGCACGACCCAUGUCAGCACCAGCUGCAAGGAACAGACAGCUAUCGUGGACCUGUGUGACACGCUCGUGGUGGAAGUGCAGCCAUCCCUCAGGCAGCUCUGCCUGGUGCUGCUGGAUGCAGGGAUUGUGGCAGAGCUGCAGAGCGCUGACAUGCAGAACUUCCGGGCAGUUUUCACAGCUGUGGUCCAAGGCCAGGGGGAGAGAGUGGCAGAACUGAUCCUUCAUCAUGCCCGUGCUAACCAGUGCCAGGAUGUCGAGCGAUUCAAAGCUGAGAUGGCAGAACUAGUGACCAAGGUCCGGGGGAACACCGUUGCCCUAGGAAAGCUUCAGGUGGCAAAUCUCCUCUCAAAUGUCUUUAAACUAUUGAUGACCCAUAAGGUGAAGCUCGAGAGCAAUUUUGCUUCCAUCAUCUUUGCCAUCAUGGUUCUGGAAGGUCUUGGUCGUUCACUGGACCCUGAACUGGACAUCCUAGAGGCAGCUAAGCCACUGCUCAUCAAAAGUGCAGCUUCUGUCCUCAAAUAGACUCUUGUGGCUGCUGCUGUCUCCCUGUGCAGGGUUAGCUGUGCUGCCUGUAGAGCUGACAGAGAAAGAAGCUGAAAGUGAGAAGUCACACAUCUUGGAGACGUGCCAUGCAGUGGUUACUCUCCAUUAAUGUUGCCUUCAUUUGUUUCAGCCAAGCGCCAGGUAUGGGGUGAUUAGGAAGUCUAGUCCAGAAACCAGGAAGACCAUGCACAAUUGGAGAGCUUUGACUCAUUACAUGGUUCUAAGAGCUAAUGUGCUGUGGUAGUUUUUAAACUGACUUAUGUAAUUCAGGUGCAUGAGAUCACUGCAGCCGGGCGAGAAAAGCAGUCUUGUCUAAAAGUCUUUAAAAAGAUGUUCACGGAUCAAGUCUUUUGAAAUACAUCAGAGUAAAUAUUUAGUUAAUUUAUUGACUUACCUGUCACUGUGGUGUAAGAAAUGAUGUUCUAACAGCACCUAAGCAACUAACUGAGGCAGAAAAAAAAGCAAAUAAGCCUUGUUACUUUUGUACUUUUAACUUCUACUUUUGAUGUAGAAGUGUCCUGAGGUCCUGCAUGGAGUGGUCUGUUUGUAGUCAUUUUGGAUGAUAAAAACAGACCAGUCAACCUGAUUUUUAAUUUUUUAAACUUCCAAACCCUAUCAUAAUACUAUAGGAGUUUGGACCAGAAACUGCAAAAGAAAAUAUUUGCCUAGGCAGAAAACCUAAUUCCAUAAUAAAGAACUUUGGGGACUAUUUGUACUGGUCUUA